CUGUCGCCCUGGGUUUCCGCCACCCUCUGGGAGUUGUCCGAGCGCGUGGGAUCCACUAGCGAGACCCUUUGGCCGGCGCCAUGGGCUGCUGCUUCUCUAAGAGACGGAAGAGUGAGAAGGAGUCGAAGGCUGAGGGAGAGGAGGAGCAGCCCAAGCUCUACAGCUGGAACCAACGGGAAAAGGUUGAUCCAAAAGAUUAUAUUUUCAGUGGACUGAAGGAUGAAACAGUAGGUCGCUUACCUGGAAAAGUGGCAGGACAACAAUUUGUCAUUCAAGACUGUGAAAACUGUAACAUCUAUAUUUUUGAUCACUCAGCUACCAUUACCAUUGAUGACUGCACCAACUGCAUACUUUUCUUGGGACCAGUGAAAGGCAGUGUAUUUUUCCGAAAUUGUAGAGAUUGCAAGUGUACAUUAGCUUGCCAACAAUUUCGUGUGAGGGACUGUAGAAAGUUGGAAGUCUUUCUGUGCUGUGCCACUCAACCCAUUAUUGAAUCUUCCACAAAUAUCAAGUUUGGAUGUUUUCAGUGGUACUACCCUGAAUUAGCAGCCCAAUUUAAAGAUGCAGGGCUCAGUAUCUUCAAUAAUAUAUGGAGUCAUGUUCAUGAUUUUACACCUGUGUCAGGAGAACUCAACUGGAGCCUUCUUCCAGAAAAUGCUGUGGUUCAAGACUAUGUUCCUAUUCCAACUACUGAAGAAUUCAAAGCUGUACGAAUUUCUACAGAAGCCAAUAGAAGCAUUGUUCCCAUAUCCCGGGGUCAGAGACGGAAGGACAGCGAUGAGUCAUGCCUAGUGGUAUUAUUUGCUGAUGAUUAUACAACUGCAAAUGCCAGAAAAUUAAUUGAUGAGUUUUAUUCUCCACCGAUGGUUGGUAAAGGGUUUCUCCUAGUGCAGACAAAGGAAGUGUCAAUGAAAGCUGAAGAUGCUCAAAGGGUUUUCCGAGAAAAGGCAUCUGACUUUUUUCUUCUUCUAAACAAAGGUCCUGUGAUUGCCCUGGAAUUUAAUGGAAAUGGUGCUGUAGAAGGAUGUCACCUUAUCGUAAACGAGAUAUUCAACGGGACAAAGAUGUUUGUAUCAGAAAAGAAGGAGACAGCAUCUGGAGAUGUUGACAGCUUCUAUAACUUUGCUGAGAUACAGAUGGCGAUUUGAAGCAGACUGUGGUAUUAAGCUCUUUCUAAUCUUUAUAUAGAGAGUUUGAUAAAAUACUUAUGUCUAUUAGUCUUAAGCCAUUAGUAAUUUUUACUGAUUCUAAAAUUGUUAAAGGCUAUUUUUAAAUAAUUCUUUGAAUACUAUAUCAUUUACUUGAAGAUCUAAAAUAGUUCAUUUAAAUUAAGUAAUUUUAGUCAUCUUAUAAACUAUUUAACCCCUUCAAUGAGCUUUCAGUUUUCUUUUUAUAUAAUACUCUUAUUAGAAAACAGAAGUUGCUACCGGUUAACAAUUUUAAUACUAAUUAAAAAUUCUUUCAAAUCUUUGAUAAUUUAAACUUUCCUUAGUGCUCUAUGGCAUUCAUUUGAUAGUGUAUUUUGUUACUUAUUUUCUCUUUUUAUUUAGAGGAAUUUGUUACUAGGUAAUAAUUAAAUAAACUUAUGUACUUUUUAAAUGCAUAUCCAGUUAAAUAAUUAUUUUCUUCUUGCAUUAUAUGGCUAAUGAGAUUUUGUACAUGGAGUUGACAUACUAUUUUGUAAAUUGAAAAUUUUUUAAAAAAAUAGGAAUUUGAAAACUGAAUGUGGUAGUGCCAUCUGUAGUCCCAGGCUACUUGGGAUGCUAAAGUGUAAGAAGCUCUGGAGCUUGGGAGUUCAAAACUAUCCUUGACAACAUAGUGAGAUCCUAUUUUAAAAGAAAGAAAAAAACUAAGAUAUUUGGUAAUCAGCUUUGCAGAUACUUCUUACUGAUGCUGACAUUGCCAUUUUAAGAACUAACUUCUUCAUAAGUUGU